AUUGGUGGUGGGAAAGGUCACUUUUAGAUUAGCCACUUAACUAUUGGAUUUUUUUUGCCUAUAAAAACCCUAAUAUCCCCCAAGAGAAAUGUCACAAUUAUUUCAAUAGAAUUCAAUAAUCAUUGCUACCAAAAUGGAUGUGAAGACGAGUUUGAUCGUGGCUGACGCUGUAGACCAUAAAGGAUUCCCGGCAGACAGGACCAAAACCGGCGGUUGGGUCACGGCUGCAUUGAUCCUAGGGAUUGAAGUAUGUGAAAGGCUGUCCACAAUGGGAAUAGCAGUUAACCUUGUGACCUACUUGAUUGGAACAAUGCAUUUACCAAGUUCAACCUCAGCCAACAUUGUCUCAGAUUUCAUGGGCACCUCUUUUCUCCUAUGUCUUCUCGGUGGUUUUCUCGCCGAUUCUUUUCUAGGCCGAUACAAAACCAUCGCUAUCUUCACCGCCAUCCAAACCCUAGGAACCGGAGCAUUGGCUAUCGCGACGAAAUUGCCUCAGUUUCGCCCAACAACAUGCGAUCACACUCGUCUAGUAAACAACGAGUGCGAACAGGCCACAGGAUUUCAGAUGGGAAUCUUGUACUUAGCGCUAUACUUAAUAGCGCUAGGUACGGGUGGCCUGAAGUCGAGCAUAUCUGGAUUUGGUACGGACCAGUUCGACGAUAAGGAUCCGAAGGAGAAGACCCACAUGGCGUAUUUCUUCCAGAGGUUCUUCUUCUUCAUCAGCAUCGGUACUCUAAUGGCGGUUACGGUUCUUGUGUACAUACAAGAUCAAGUUGGGAGGAGUUUGGCAUAUGGGAUUUGCUCGAUUUCAAUGUUUAUAGCACUCUUGAUUUUCUUGUUUGGGACAAAGAGAUAUAGGUAUAAGAAUAGCCAAGGAAGUCCCAUUGUUCAUAUUUGCCAAGUGAUUGCUGCUUCAAUAAGGAAGAGAAAGUUGGAUCUUCCUUAUAGUGUUUCAAUGUUGUAUGAGACCAAUCUUGAGGAAUCAAGAAUCCAUCAUACAGAUCAAUUCCAUUUUAUGGACAAGGCAGCCAUUGUUGAAGAAGGAGACUUUGAAGAGAAGAACUUUAAUGGAGUUCCAAAUCCAUGGAAGCUUUGUACAGUGACAAGAGUGGAAGAAGUGAAGAUGAUGGCAAGAUUGUUACCAGUAUGGGCCACUACUAUCAUGUUUUGGACAACAUAUGCACAAAUGAUAACAUUCUCAGUUGAACAAGCUUCAACUAUGGAUAGAUCAAUUGGAAGUUUCCAGAUCCCUGCUGGUUCUUUAACGGUCUUCUUUGUCGCCGCCAUUCUCAUCACCCUCGCCGUCUACGACCGCCUUGUCAUGCCACUCUGGAAAAAGUGGAAAGGAAAACCAGGUUUCACGAACCUACAAAGAAUUGCAAUAGGGUUAAUUCUCUCAAUCCUAGGAAUGGCAGCUGCAGCAUUAGCCGAGAAAAAACGUUUAGCCGUCGCACACCGACAGAGCCACCCGAUCGCCACCCUUCCAGUGAGCGUAUUCAUAUUAAUCCCUCAAUUCUUCUUAAUAGGAGCUGGAGAAGCAUUCAUAUACACAGGACAGUUAGAUUUCUUCAUAACACAAUCCCCCAAAGGAAUGAAAACGAUGAGUACCGGUCUUUUUCUCACAACCUUAUCAUUAGGAUUCUUCGUUAGUAGUUUUCUAGUUUCGGUUGUGAAAAGCGUGACGGGUGGAGGAGGAGUGGCGGGGAAUGGUGAAGGGUGGUUGGCUGAUAAUAUAAAUAAUGGGAGACUUGAUUGUUUUUAUGGUUUGUUGUGUGUUUUGAGUUGUAUAAAUGUUGUAAUAUUUUUGAUAUGUGCUGUUUGGUAUAAGCCACGUCACGAGAAGAAACCGAUGAUCGGCAAGGGACAGGGCGGCUGCGGUGGUGGUAUGGAGAUGAUUGAUAAUAAAGGCGGUUUAGGUAAUGAAGAGAAGUGUUAAUUAGCUAUGUUUUUGUUGAUCAUUUCUUGUGGCUAAAUUUCCUGUUUUAUUUGUUUUGUAUGGUAUAAGGAAUGAAUUCAAUAUUAUUAUUA